AUGAAGGCGCAGCACGGUAAUCAGGAAAAUUAUUUACCCAUGUCUGCGGGCCUUGGACCCGCCGUGGGGAAACUCGAAUCGCAAAUUUAUUGCAUCAAGUAUACUUUGUUCUGCUUCAACGUCGUGCUAUGGUUAUUCGGCGUGUCUAUAUUCGCAUUGUGUCUAUGGAUCUGCUUCGAGCCCGGUUUCAACGAAUGGAUGAGAAUUUUGGAACUUCAGAAGUACUUCAUUGGGAUCUAUAUCAUUCUUAUUGCCUCGUUAGGCAUAAUGGUUGUAGCAUUCCUUGGUUGCGGCUCCGCUCUUAUGGAAAACGUCGUCCUACUCUACGGAUUUAUAGGAACACAAAUCGCGUUAUUUGUCUUCGGUCUGAUAGGCGCUUGCGUGGUCCUGGACUUUUCAACUUACGACUCUAGUGUUCAACCUCUUAUAAAAGAUGUCAUACUAAGACUCAUGAAUAACCCACAACAUGAAGGUAGCCGGGAAAUACUAAGGAUGGUGCAAGAAGGAAUUGGUUGUUGCGGUGCUGAUGGUCCGAUGGACUUUUUAAACUUGAAUAAACCUUUGCCAUCCGAGUGUCGUGACUCAGUCACCGGCAACGCUUACUUCCAUGGCUGUGUGGAUGAGCUCACUUGGUACUUAGAGGGCAAGACUGGCUGGUUGGCUGGCAUUGUUCUUGCUUCGUGCAUGAUAUGUGUGGUGAAUGCAGUUAUGUCUUUAGUCUUGAUACAAGCGGUGAAAAAAGAAGAAGACGAGGCUAUCGUAUACAAAAAUUAAAUGUUUAAGCAUAUAAUUUAAAUAGAUUGAGGGCCUGUCCCAACAAAUUUUAAGUUGUCUAACAAUCCAACGUGUUAAAUAUGUG